AUGGUGCGUCUCCCCACCAACGACAUCUAUCGGAGGGAGUAUAGGGAGAAUCAGGUACUUCUGCUGCCGAUCCACAGCUCGUUGCAACACCCCGGGGAAGUCUCACGUCAUACGUCGGAGUUCGAUGAGAUGGUCAUUAAUGGCAUUUUAUCCUCGCACAACGCCUCCUGGCUGCGGGUAAAAGGUCUCUCGAAUGGUAGCGAAAGUGAAAAAAGCGGCAGCAGUUCCUCGUUCAAUGGUAUCUCACUUUUUGAACUCCUUUUUUCUGCACCGAAGAACACUCAGCUUGAUGACAAGCGAGGCAAACUACGGCGCUACGAUUUGCCAAGGAAAACGGCAACACGCCCACCAACCCAUGGCUGGCGGCGCUUCUACAUAGCACUUAACCUUUAUAAGAAUGAGGAUAUGAUCCUUUUUCUUACUGAUGCAUUGGUGGCGUUCAUUGAAGAUGAACUUGCACCCUUCUUUGACGUCUCCACAUCUGUGGUAGUGUCUAUUUUCACCAAUGAUUCAAAGGAUCGCACCGCUGUCCUCGUUGAGCGCGUGUUGAUCCCACGUUUGCUGCGAGCAGGUGUCCGGAAUGUCUUUGCUACAGUUGAGGGCACAUGCCUGGCAUACACGAAGGUGCCAAAGCGGCUUUCUCGUAUAGAGUGGAUGGCGUGUGUGCGAAACAAAGCAUUGGAGCCACUCUAUACAUGGGGGAUGCGUCUUUUUUCCCCUUCCUUUUAUACGGAGUCCCGGAAGUGUGAACAGAGUGGCGCCUGUGACAGUAUGAACUCGUACCUUAACGGAACGUUCUUGGAGCGGUACCUGAUGGGUGACGGGGUCUUGAACAGUAGCGAGAGCAGUGCUUCAUUUUCUUUCUGGGAAAAGGAGGUGCGUGAUGACCCGUAUGGGGAUGUGAUGGUUGUGCUUUUCUUUAAUGACAUAUUUUUCCGUCCCCAGGACAUCACGACUUUGCUAGAGUCCGUAGAGGAGCCAGUUAUUGCGUCCCGCACACGUCCUGAUGGCACGGUGAGCGAGGGCAAUAAUGAUGGUCCCCCUCUGAGAAACAAGCCCACAGCAUCUGCAGCUACUGGAACAGGGACAACGUUCGAUAUGGCGUGUGGGAUGGAUUAUUAUUACAGCUUUUACGACAGAUGGGUUGCACGGGAUCGUGUGGGGGAUAUAUUUCUUUCCCACAUGCCUUACUCUGACGAACCCGAGACGCGAGAUGCAUUGUACCGCGUGAGUUCGGCUGCCCACACCGCGCAGGGACGGCGGCAGGCCGUUCCAGUGAAGUGCUGCUGGAAUGGUGUAGCGGCGCUUCGAGGAAGACUGUUUAUUUCCCCUGUCAUGAAGCCUGAUGGAACAGAGAGGAGGCGAACGUCGUCAAGGGAGGAACAGAAGGGGGAUUCAUAUAUAGGUAACACGAGAGUACGGCUGGGUAACAGAAGCAGGAAAAUGACAAAAGAAAUACGAAUGUGGCAUGGAGGGGUGUACCGUCAUGAGCCGAAUGCACACAAGCAGCUGGCGAGAUACCACCGUCUCACAGUUUUGCAGCGGCUGUAUCUAAAACGCGAGCGAUGGGCCAUUCGGGUACAGAAGCUGGCGCGUGGCACAGGUCUGACGCUUCCGCACCCUGACCUGCCGAUCGUGCCAUCCGCUCUUCGCAAGGCGUACACAGGUGAGUUUGAUGCCAUGGCAAGGGAUGGGAGAAACUAUGAUUUCGCGGAUGCCAAUUCUGAGCAAAGUGUAUAUUACCGUGCCACAAUGCCUGCUAUUCGAUUCCGUCACUCUGCGGUGCCCUCUUUUGGUGCCACUAAAGACGAGAAGUACACUGUGCGAGACGACGUGUGUGUGUCGUCUGAGUGCUUGCUGGUGUGCGAAGACAUUAUGCAGGCUGCAUUACUUGAAGGUCGGGUACCGCUGAUUUUAAUGAACCCUAACGUUAGAGUUGCGUACGAGCCGGAGCAUUUCGACCGUGUGACAGGAUGGAUGUAUAACUCGCAUUCCGUUUUCGUGUUGACCUAUUGGGUGCGUCGGCUCACGGUGUGGAUCUCGGCGCUCUUGGGCAUUUCAGACGACGGUGCUAGUGUGAUUGGGACGACUUCUGCAGCCGAUGACUGGACGGCGGAUGAUAUAAACCGUACGCAACUCAUCCAGCGCGCAACUCCAGAUGGAAGUAUGCAUUCCCUGCUUAUAAACGUGACGCACGCCACGUCGAUGUCAUGUUACUCACCAGGAGUGGAGAGGAGUUUGACGUUCUCGUCAUUUUUUGUUUGCGCGUUACUUGUGGGUUGUAUUGCAAUUGUUUGGCGGCUUCUGGGAUCUGUCUUCUUGAGUUGUGCGUGGGUGAGGGAGACGUUGUACUUUCAGUUUUCCACGUUUGUGCGUGUCAUACGAUGGCGGGUGCGGCGCGCUCUCGUGCACCCGCGCGCGAAUAUGGCCUUUGGUUGUCCGCGCGUUGUUGCAGUGGUGGUGCGCUGCGCUGCGAAGUGUUGUGGGUGGCAUUGGUGCUUGGGCUACGAGAUUCCCCUUGAUCCGGAGACGAUUGACGUUUAG